AUGGCUGCUGUUAUUCAAUUUCGUAACUGGUGCGAAGUCGAUCUCCUUAUUCGACCCGUCCUCACGCAACACAUGACCGAUGUUGAAGGUCUUGACUCUGUUGACUCCUUCGCCAACAGAACCACUUCUCAAGUUCAAGAAGACAUCAAAUCUAUGCGAAGAGCCCCUAAUCCCAACAAUGCAAAUGCGACUAUUGGAGUCACCGCUCGCGAAUCGAUGACUAUUCAUCGUAUCUCCAAAUAUGGGAAGCUCCUCAUUUUGGUUCAAAGAACCCAUACUCCAGCCCUUGGAACCAUUCAAAAUCUCCUUUUUAUUGGUCAAUUCUAUGAUGAAAACCCAGAUCUUAUGGAAGGGGACUCCAACCCACUUCCUCCACAUCCUCCAAAGUUCAACAAUCGCGAUGGUCGAAUCAUGAUGGAAAACAUUGAAAGUUGGGCUCGUACUGCCUAUGGUUACCGUGGAAUUCGCCUUGAUUAUAUUUUCCGUGAAAAUUCUGAACUUCCAGUUGCUGGUGACCCUGGUUUUCUCAAAGCCGAUGAUGGCACUCGCUCCAUUGAGGAAGAACUCGUCCAACGUGCUGCUCAUACUGGCGCUGUGUUCCGUCGCAACAACCAGAAAUAUUGGGUUAUGCUCCAUGCUGUCACUCAUGAAACCGAUGCCUACAAUCACGUUCGUCAAUUUGCUCCAACUUUGAAUGGCCGAGCUGCUUACUUCGCUCUGUUUGCACAAUAUCGUGGAAGGGGACAUUUCACCAAUGAACGCCAAGCUGCUGUCCGUGUCCUCGCAACACUUCACUGGAACGGUAAAGCUCAAGGCUUCACUUGGAAUACUUUUAUCAGUCGCCUUAUUGGAGCCUUCAAUGACCUCAAGUUGAAUGGUGAUCCACGCUCUGAUGCAAAUAAGGUUGAAGGCUUCACUUGGAAUACUUUUAUCAGUCGCCUUAUUGGGGCCUUCAAUGACCUCGAGUUGAAUGGUGAUCCACGCUCUGAUGCAAAUAAGGUUGACGUACUUCUUGAGAAAACUGUUGGAGAUUCCUCACUUUCCAAUGGAAGAUCACAUAUUACUGGAGAUGCCGUUCUCCGAUCCAAUUUCCAAGGUGCCAUCGAUUAUGUAACAACACAAGUCUUAGCUGCAGGUAACGACAACACCCAGCGCCGCACUUGA